GAUCAUCUUGGAGUAUCAUGCUCGAAAUGGAGAUCUGGAAACAAAAUCCAUUGAUCUACUGGACUUGGCGCCCACUACAGAGGUGGAUGGAUUGGUCAAACGGCUGGUGCGAGAAGAGCCAUUGCUUUCAGACAGCACCAAAGACACGCUGCAGAAGAUGAUCACCAAACUCAUUGAGAAGGGAACGGAUCAGUCCUCCCAACGCUUCACGUUGUACAAGAUUCUGCGAGGGCAUCAGCUGCCACUCACCAGUUGCGCUUUCAACAAGUCUGGCUCCAAGGUCAUCACAGGUUCGUUUGAUCGAAGCUGCAGAGUGUGGGAUACCUCGAGUGGGGAGGAACUCUUGGCGCUGAACGGGCAUAGCGAUUUGAUCUAUGCCAUCGCCUUAAAUAACCCCUUUGGAGACAAGAUCACCACGGGAAGCUUCGAUCGAAUUGCCCGGGUGUGGGACGCGAGCACAGGCGACUGCAUUCAUACACUGACAGGACAUUCAAAAGAGAUCACAUGCAUCGGUUUUAACCAUCUCAGUACCGUACUGGCCACUGGCAGCGCGGAUCAUAGCGUGAAGCUCUGGGACGUGGAAGUGGGGUUGCAGAUUCGAUCGAUGGAGGGACACACAGGGGAAAUCAGCUCUUUGUGCUUCAGCAGCGAUGGUGAAAAGCUGCUCACUGGAUGCUUUGACAGCACCGCCAAGCUUUGGGAAGUCGCUCGCGGCCGAUGUCUUUACACCCUCUCCGGCCAUGGUGCCGAGCUCAAGAACAAGCAGAUCCAGGAGGGGCAUCGCGGCUACAUCUCAGUGGCACGCUUUGACUUCACGGAUCGUUUGUGUGUGACUGCCAGCAUGGAUGGCACCUGCAAGCUUUGGAGAUGCGCCAAGGGCCGGUGCAUUGAGACGUUACGCAAUCACAACCAACAGCCUGUCCUGGACGCGUGUUUCAAUCAGACGGGCAGCCGCCUCGCCUCGGCCUCCAGCGACUGCACCUGCGUGGUCUAUGCCUUGGCCGCGGCAGGACCGGAGGAGAGCCAUAGCGUUCAACGGCAGGCCAUGUCCACGGUGCUCUGCAGAUUGGUGGGACAUGAGAAGGAAAUCUCCAGAGUCCAGUUUAGCCCCAACGGGCAAAAGAUCCUCACCGCCUCAGCGGAUAAGACGUGCCGUCUGUGGGGCAUGACAGGCACCUGUUUGCAGGUUUUUUCAGGACACAGUGAUGAGAUUCUGCACUGCACCUUCAACUACGAUGGUGAUUGUAUUCUCCUGGCUUCCAAAGACAAUACCUGCAGCAUUUGGAAAGAUGUGAAUCUCGCAUUGGAAGAGCAAUAG